CUUCGUCGCAGUCGCGUCUUUUGCAUUUCUUCUUUAUAAUCUUACAUUUCAUAUUCGAACGCAGUCUUUUCUUACCGUGAAUUUCCUUUUUUUUUUCUUUUUUUUUCUUUUUAAAACCGUAACAAGGUCAUUCAUUCCUCGACGAGUGUUUUGAAAUUUUGUGGUGUUCCCAAAUCGACGAGUUUUACCUAUUUUGUUUUCUCUAGUGUCGAUUCCAAGUAACACUUAUACUCUCACUUACAACGAUAAGUAAAUGACGUGGGAAUGAUAAAGAGAACUCGAUGAAUCCUCAGGACAGUCCUCGAAUCUACGUCCUAUCAUUUUAAUGGUAAAGGCGAAGAAAUUCAAUUGAAAAGUCAGGGGAACAGUAGAAGUAUAAAUCAUGUCGAGACGUCCAAGCGUUUCCAUUUACGAUUAUCCGGAGCAUCUAAAUCCUUUCAAUGACGACACUACAAGCCCUCCUUCCUCGCAUCCACGUUUGCAACGUGAAAAUAGCAAGACCUCGGGUUGCCCCAAAGAGAUAAAACAUAAAUUUUGGACCUUCGGGAGAAGCAGGAAAAAGAGAUCCAACAGUUUUUCCAUCAAGUCGACAUGGAACGGACUCUUUGGUAAACGAAAGGAAUCGGAUCAACCUGAGAAAAGAUCGACGAUUAUAACGGUUUCGUCGACGUACAAAAGAGAGCCUUUUGAUAGGCCAAUUGCACCGCCACGAAUUUCGAAAGAUCAGCAGGAAUUUGACGAAGCCUUGGGAACUCUGGUGAGAAGAAGAAAAUACACGUUGGACAGUGGUUCCAGAUAUAGUUCUAGUCUUACCGUGAAUGGAGAUCCUGCCAGAAUAUAUGAUGGGAGUCCUCAGGACACAACGACGUCCAUUAUGGGUGAUCUUACUCCGAAAGCGCCAGCUAGAAGAUUUGGCCAAGUCAGUCCAAGAUCGACAGACAAGAUACCACCAUUGAAUUUUGAAGAUAAAGAAUCGAAAGAAAAUGGAACGGUUACGUUGCGUGAAAAAUCUUCCGAAAGAACUCCGGUACCGCCAAUCCGAAGAUCUGGCAACAGAUCAUCGCAGAGGCUAAACAUGAGUAAUUUGGAUUUGGAAGAAGAGACUAGCAGGUCAGCCGACGUUACAUUGAGAGACGAAAACGAGAAUGUUCCCGAAGAUUAUGUUUUCAAAAGAUUUGGACAGGAUUCCGUAAGAAGAUCAAAUAUAUCUAUAAACAGUUGUGUGUCCAUUGGUAGUACCGCUAGUGGCUACGGACGAAAAAAACGUAGAGCACCACAGCCACCACGACGCACAGAACAAUUGGAAACUCCAGAGGAAAGCGAUGUCAAACAAACUCCGGAUACUACGAACGUGGAAUUACAAAUUACCGAACCGAUCGAUAUCAGUAGAGUCACGGAGAAUAUCGAUGAAAUGACAAAAAGGAGUCAAGAAUUGGUAGAAACUUCGAAUGAAAAUACAGAAAGUAGUGUUCAGUUAAUUUCUAAAGACGAAACGAAUACACAAAAUGUUAUUGAAAAGUCUGUUGUCGAAGAAUCUAUUGCGGAAAGUACGAAAAACGAACAGGAUGCAAAAAUUAGGGUUGUACAAAUAGAAUCGGAGAAAAAUCAGGAAUCGCUCGUUGAACAAAAACAAGAGACGGAUAUCGUUCAAAAAGAGGAAAAAAUCAAAGAGGCAAGUGACAAAGAGACAGCCAGUCAUGAAAAUCAAACGAAUAAGGAAAGUGAUAUUGAUAUUGAAUAUUGCAGAAAGGAAGAGGAUAAGGUGGAAAUAAUAAAAGAUGUCAAUGAAAUAAAUUCGAAAGAAGAAUUGGAUGUAUGUCUUCGAAGAAAAGAUUCUGCUGACAGACUAUCACGAUCCGACAGUUUUUCCGUUCAAGAGGAGAUAAAGAAAAUUGAAAGACAAAUCCAAGCUUUAGAAUCGAAAAAUUCAUCGAGAGAUUCAACGGACCAAACUUCGGACGAUAUUGCAGCUGAUCGUACUUCGAACAACACUCGACUAUCCAUUCUAGCUAAUCGCAGACACUUUUUUCAAAACAUGGUUGAUAACGAAGUAAAUAAAGACGGUGUUAAGAUUGAGUUUAAAGAAUUACCUAGAGAACAAAAAAAUAUUCAUGUUAUCAAAUUAACAGAUUCUCCCGUACCCGUCGAAGCACCUAAAGAACCAGUGAAAGUUAUCGAAUUACACAUUUCCGAACCCAUCAGACAAAGACCAGAAAUUUUGGAUGACGUGAAUCCUAUACCAAAACCUAGAAGACAUGCCUCCUUGAGUCAUAAUGGCUUCGAAGUUCCCAUUGCUCCAAGAGAAAGAAGCAGAAAUUCUGAAUCUUCUGAUAAGAGAGGGAAAUCUGUCUGAACACGUUUAGUUUUAUAAAUUGUAUAAAAAUUUGGUAAUUAUAUAACUUCUGUGUACCUUUAACUCUCGAUGAAUGAAAGAACAAAUGGAUAAAUUCAUAAUACGUCGAGCGAUAAAACUAAUCGUAUAGUCUAUGUGCCUUUACUUUGUGCUUUAAAAUGUAUAUUGUGAUAAUUAUCUAUAUUAAUCUCACAUAUAUAAUUAAAUAUGUAAUUACAUA